UUCAAUGGGAUUUGGAGUCUAGAUAUUUUACCACCACCACACCCCCUCUACGAUGGUUUCUAGGCAUUGUGUUUGUGUGUGUGCGUUUUUGCAAUACUCAUUGUGAGAGCAAUUGUUGAGCUGCUGUUAGUGACUGUUUAGGCUUUGUGAGGUCUUGGAGGAGGUGAGCGACGUUGUAGCAGCUCGUGCGAGCUUUGUGUUAGUCGGGGGUGGAGCUUUCAGUCUUCCCCUGGCAAGUAGGGUUUCAAGGUUGCUUGUAAGCCAAGCUGAGAAGUAGACAAUAUUAAAAAAAACCUGACGUAUGAGCGUUUUACUUCGUGGAUUGUUCGCGGAGAUUGGUCGAGAAGUGCAAUGCGCUUCGUGAGGUUGUAGCAUUAUGCGUCAGUUCUGAAUUUGAAGACUUCGACGAUGCUCUGAGCUUUGAAGGAUUACCAGGAAGAGGCAUCCUCGACUGUACGGAAGUGAUUUUUGUUGAUCCACAUGGGGACUGGAGUAGCUGAUCCGAUAUCGAUUCUGGGGUUAUUGCUUGGAUUGUGCGCAGCAGUCCCUGCGUGGAGUAAGUUUCUUGUGGAGACAAGCAGUUUGACCAUCACACUCCCCGAAUCGCUUAAGGGAAGCUAUGAUUCAGCAAUUGGUAAUUUUGGAGUUCCCCAAUAUGGAGGGACCAUGGCCGGAACAGUUGUUUACCCUACCAAGCAAGCUGAUGGAUGUACUCCUUUCUCCGAAUCUUUCAGAGGUCCAAAUACUGGAGGUCGUCCCGUGUUUGCGCUUCUAGAUCGCGGAGGAUGCUAUUUUGCUUUAAAGACUUGGAACGCGCAAAAUGCAGGGGCAGCAGCUGUGCUUGUGGCAGAUGAUAAAGUGGAAACCUUGAUCACCAUGGACACACCUGACGAAGGAAAAUACUCUGAUUUGAUCCAAAACAUUACUAUUCCUUCUGCUUUAAUCGACAAAACGCUCGGUGACAGUCUAAAAAAAGUUCUUGCGUCGAAUGAAAUGGUGAAUAUCAACCUCGAUUGGAGAGAGUCCCUUCCUCACCCAGAUGAGAGAGUAGAGUAUGAGUUUUGGACCAACAGCAAUGACAUAUGUGGGCCAAAAUGUGAUGCUCAAGCUGAAUUUAAAAGAGAUUUCAAAGGAGUGGCUCAACUGUUAGAGAAAGGCGGCUACACCAGCUUCAUUCCACAUUACAUCACGUGGUAUUGCCCUCAGGCGUUUAUAGAAUCCAAACAAUGCAAGUCUCAAUGCAUCAACAAAGGCCGUUACUGCGCUCCUGAUCCUGAACAAGAUUUCAACAAAGGGUAUCAAGGAAAAGAUGUCGUAUUGGAAAAUCUAAGGCAAUUGUGUGUUUUCAAAGUUGCCACACAAGCAAAGCGACCUUGGGUUUGGUGGGACUACGUUACAGAUUUUCAAAUACGUUGCCCUAUGAAAAACAAUUUGUACAACCAAGAUUGUGCUGAGAAAGUUAUUACCUCACUUUCUUUAAGUACUUCGGAUGUUCGAUCAUGCAUGAUGGAUCCUGAGUUAGAUGCUGAUAAUCCUCUACUGAAAAAGGAGCAAGAUGCACAGGUUGGAACAGGCACACGUGGUGAUGUCACAAUUUUGCCAACAUUGAUCAUUAACAAUAGGCAGUACAGAGGAAAGCUUGAUAGAGCAGCGGUAAUGAAAGCUAUUUGCUCUGGAUUUCAAGAAACCACGGAUCCACCAGUGUGUUUAAGUGGAGGUGUUGAAACAAAUGAAUGUCUAGAACAUAACGGCGGUUGUUGGGAAAACAAGAAAGCGAAUAUAACUGCUUGCAAAGACACAUAUAGGGGUCGAGUCUGCCAGUGUCCAUUGGUGGAUGGUGUGCAGUUUGAAGGUGAUGGCUAUACCACGUGCGAAGCUAUGGGCUUGGGCAGGUGUAAGGUCGAUAAUGCUGGAUGCUGGCAAGAGAAGAGAGGCGAUAUCACUUUUUCUGCUUGUCAUGAAUCUCAAUCCAAAGGUUGCCAGUGUCCCCGAGGCUUCCGAGGAGAUGGAAUCAAGGAAUGCAUAGAUAUAGACGAAUGUAAAGAGAAGAGCAAAUGCCAAUGUCCAGAGUGUAUGUGUACCAACAAGUGGGGUGACUACGACUGUGGAUGUUCAAAAGAUUUGCUGUACAUCCGUGAACAUGAUACUUGCAUUAGUAAGAAGAGUCAAUCAUCAAAGCUGGGGUGGGCUGUGUCUUUGAUUGUGUUUUUGGGAGUGGCUUCUCUCGGAGUUGUUGGCUACGUCGUCUACAAAUACAGGCUUCGGUCAUACAUGGACUCGGAGAUAAGGGCAAUAAUGGCGCAGUACAUGCCACUCGACAGCUCAAGUGAAGUUAAUCACCAUCUGACCGAGGAAGCGUAAAGACAAAGUGUAGACGGGGCAAAAAAUAAGGUCGGUGCUUCUUUUCAUCACUACGCACCAAUGGUUGCUCCGUCAAGCUUGGAAAAUAGAAGGAAAUGUGGCAUAGUGCAAUGUCAUAUGUAACAGAGUUCUGAAACAUGCGAGGGAGCAUCACAAUCAACCAGGCUACAUGAUCAUAAAAGGGUAUGUAUUUGAGCGAGGAAAGGUAGCAUAAGUUAAACAAGAGAAUAGCAAUUACGGUAUCUAAUUCUGCAGCUAUAAAUGACUAUUCCGAAGACAAAAUGUUACAACAGAAUAUAGUGGACUCGACUGUAGUGCUAGUUUACUGGAUUAGGCCCCGAUUAUAUAUGACGAACUGUGGACCACAGUAAUUUUGUAACCGACAGUGAUCAUUAUUUCCUGUACAUGACAACUGGUUUAACAGAUAAGUUCUGCAAUAGCAGGAUCCUACAUUGUGCAGACUUCUGCAAGGA